GGAGGUUUCUGAACAAACACAGCUCGUUAAUCCACUUAGAUACGUUUAAAUACGAGUAAAGGAAAGCUGAACUCAUUCCUGUGCAGUUUUAUGAGAUCACUUCACUCUCCAUCAUGAAGACUUCCAAACCAGCACUGAAGAGCUCUGCUCAAGAGGAAUGUGGUGUUUGGUUGGACACUGCGCAACUAAAACGAAAAGCUAAACAGAAACGACUCGCCCGUCCCAUUUCUAAACUGCUGAAUCCCUUCGCUGAGGGCGGAGGAUACAAUUUGGCUGUGGCACUCAACUUCACUCAGACCAAAUUGGAAAUGCCAAAGACCAAACAGAGCUCUAUAUCAACCUUCUUCACCGCUCAGCGCAGAGUUCUCAAUAAGAUGUCUACUUCUGAAGUACCAGUCAUGGAUCCAGCGCUGCCUUCUUCAUCAUCUACCUCGUCCACAUGUGCCUUGACUGCACCAACACCUGUAGCAUCAGGAACAAAACGAAGACGUGAAAUAGAUCUUGAGCCUGGUCUGGAUUGUGAGUGGAAAAGUGAAAAUGUUACUGAGCCUGAAGCAGCGGUGUGGCAGGAACAGGCAGCAGACCAUACACCUUCUCAAAAUGUGUACAGUGAAUUUGAAGAAGAGCCGUUUGAAGAGAUAAAUCCACCACAGAGUAAGAGGAGGAUCACUGCCACCUCAUCAGUGCCAGAUGACAGUCAACCUCUUCCACUGGCGUGGAGUCAGGACCCACUGUUCACCUGCAGCCAGUAUUCUGAAGGUGAAUUUUACCCGACUAACCAGAAAAACACUACAGCAAAGAACUCUGGCGACUCAGAGCCGAGUUUCUUUAACAGUCUACAAAACGAGGAGGCCUUUGGUGUUCAUAUGGAUGUGGAAUGGAGAACCUCGACUCAAAAAUCAUAUAAACACGUUCAUUGUUCUCAGGAGGAUGAUGACAAAGAAAACAGCAGGUUUUUGUCUUUUAAGUCCCCAAGUAAACAUUCAGCUCUCUCUCAUAUUGACCCUCUUUCAAGUCAUAAAUGGACAGAACCAAAAACUGCAUCACCUCGAAAACAUAUUCCAGUGCACCUGUGGUCAAAGGCUGAUAAAGAAGACAGCCAUGACUCACAGUUCGAGUGGAAAAAACCUAGAAGCUCUGCCCUAAAAAAACUAACCCCGCAGAAGUCGUGCAGAGCGGUUGAUGAGGACAGUCUGGCCAUGUUGUUCACCCAGGACUCUGAGGGCUUCAGGGUGAUAGCGCACAGAGGUCUGCAAACCAGGAGUCCACUCAAAGAUCAGAGUAACAUAAAGACUGAAACGGUGAGAACUAGUGCUUACAAAUCUCUGGUGGAGGAGGACGAGGAAGACGAGAUGCUCUUUACUCAAGACUCUCAGGGAAAUCUGGUGAUCAAACACUGAAAGCAGCUUUUGAAACUCAGUAGCAGGAGUCUUAUGUUGUUAUAGUCUGGCAGUGGAUAAUUGCUCUCAACUUUUUAAUGGCAUUUAGAUGUUUUUCCCUGUUUCAUCUUUAGAUCUUGUAUUUUCCUGGAGGUUUUAAUAAAAUGUUCUUCCUCUUUCGGUCUCUAAUGCGGAAAUGUCGUACAAGGUGCAACUCUCUCGUGCAACAACACCAACAAGCAAGAACUGAGGGUUUUGAUUUUAUUUGAAAAAUGAUACACAAUUACAUCAAAUUGUUUUCAUGUAAAUUAAAAGUUUGGAAAAGUAUUAGUGGUGUACAGUAUCUUCUCCCUUAUGCUGGUGCCAAGUGCUACAUCUUACAAAACAGAGUGAUGUACAAAUAUAGAGACUAAAGGUAAUGGGUACUACAGUUAGUAUUUUAAGGUGUAUAAAUGCAGUACAGUAACUUAGUAAAAAUUAGUAGCCAUGUAUUUAGUUGAUUGUUUCGAUCAAGUUGAUUUAACGUCUCCUGACAUUGUUACAUCCAUCUAUGCGGAUAGAUUAUGCUUCACAUACAGUACUAUGCACUAGCAAGACUGUGACCUGGUAAUGCAAAAUAUAGUGAACCGUGCUGCAUAAACU